AUGGGCAGACAUUACUCAGUGGAUUUGUUCUCGCCCAACCACUACUGGCUACAUGCUACCACUGCCAGCUGCAUUGAAAUCUUUGACCUUGAGAGCAGUAUUUCAAAAUUAUGUUUCCCAGCUUCACUGAUGUUGAUCUCAACUCACAGGGAGCCAAGUGUGUUGGUCGCAUGGUCAGCAGAUGGGCAGACGUUGUUCGGUGGACUUAAUGACAACCUUGUUUGUAUCCAGACUGUCACUUCUUAA